CACAAUCCAUAAUUAUAUCCUCAACCAAAAUAUAUAUAAACCUCUAGCUACUGUCACCAAAAUUUCAUAACAUCAUCUCAUCUUCCUCUCUUGAAUUCUCUUUAAUAUAUACAAAACCAACAAAACAAGAAGAAAUUCGAAGCAAAUUUUCGAGACACUUACUUAGCUAGCUCAUACAAUGGCUUCUCUCAAGUCACCAACUUCUCUUGUUGCAGCUUUACUAUGCUUCUUGCUGCAAUUUUCCAUGAUCAAGGCUCACUACGCAAGCGAAGGCAUCGAUUCAGAUUUGAGCGAACGGAGCCUAAUUGUCGUAAAAAUCUGGUGUUUGGUGAUCAUAUUCUUGGGAACAUUUGUAUGUGGAUUGAUUCCACUGCUUUUCAGGUCAAAAUCCAAGGUUUUGGUACUUGGUAACUCGUUUGCUGCUGGCGUGUUCCUUGUAAUAUCAAUGCAUUUCUUGCAAGAUUCGGCCAAUGUGUCGGAUGAUUAUACGGAGGGUUCAUCUUUUUUACCUUUCAUAUUUGUGCUGAUCGGAUAUGUUUUCAUAUUAUUGGUGGAGUCGUUUUUGUUCAAGGCUAAGAAAGAGGAUGGAGAAACUCAGGCUCUUGUUCGAGUGGAGGCAGGGAUCAAAGAAGGGGAGUCUGUGAGUGAUAACAUUAGUAGUAAUCCGAGAUUAGUGAGCAAAGCUGCAGUUGAAGCGGCUGUUGUUAUUAUUUUGGGACUGUCUUUGCACUCAGUUUUUGAGGGAUUCACCAUUGGUUUAGCAGAACGCGAUAGAUAUGCCUGGAGAUAUUUGUGGACAAUUGGCAUUCACAAGGUUGCGUCGGGACUGUCACUGGGAAUUGUUGUGCUCAGAAUGCAACCGAAAAGGCCAAUAUUGACAAGCAUUGCAUACUCAUUUGCUUUCGCCAUUUCAACUCCCAUUGGAAUAAUAAUCUCACUAAUUAUCAAAAAAGCUGCUCAAGAUGGGACUGCUGAUUGGGUCUAUGUUCUAACACAGGCCGCGGCUUCUGGAGUGUUCCUCCAUGUCUCCAUUUAUCAUCUCCUUGCCAAAGGCUUUAGCCCACAAGAUCAAUCUGCUCACACCACUCCUUUUAGAAGAUUUUUCGUCUUGUGUCUGGGGAUAGGGGUUGUCACCAUUGGUUUGAUUUUCGAUUAGUAACCUCCUUCGUGUUUGGAAAGUGCUAGCAAGAUUGAAUGUAUAGGUCCUUAACUUUGAUUCAUUCUUUGUACAAUGGUUUUUAUUUAAUUACUUAGUGUGAAUUAUGUAUGCAGAAUUGAAUUGUCUAGUACAAAGAUUGUAAAUGUUUCUUGAUAAUCAUGUAUUCAUGUAACAUCUGCAACUCCUGUUUUAGUAGUUAACAACUUUCUAUCAUCUUUGAACCUGUCACUAGAUUAUUCUUGUUAUCCACCAUGAAUCUACUAGAUCAAAGCUGCAGGCUUUGUACGUUAUCUGUCGACUGUCGGUACUCUACCACAACUCAAAACACUGAAUUAAAAUAUUUACCAGUAGCAUUACCUUAUUACAACUACAUGUUUCAUAUCCCAACUACAGUUCAUUGCCCCUUGGUUCCCUGGCAUUAAACAACUUGCAAAGACAUGGUAUUAUAUAUGGCCGGCAGAAUUUGAGAAAUGCUAUUUCAGUACACCAAACACUAGUUGACAUUUCCUUGGAAUAUGCAAACAAAUUUGUCUAUAUUAGUUUAGCAACUACCUUAUGCUGUACACUUAUACAGCAUUCCAGAUUUAACUACAUAAACACAACUUAAGCAAGUUUGUUCAAGUUGUUGUUUCCAUGGUGCAACGAAACAAAAUGGCCAUCUGUUCACUGUUACAGCUUGUCAUAGCCUUGUCAACUUUCAUAUCAAGCACAAGAACUUGUGAUGCCUUCUCAAUCCAGGAGGCCUCGGUUUCUGACUUUCAAAUUGCUUUCAAGAAAAAUCUACUCACCUCUCGUGAGCUCGUUGAGUUCUACCUGGGAGAAAUUCGUGAACUCAACCCAAAUCUUAAAGGGGUUAUUGAGGUGAACCCUGAUGCUCUACUUGAGGCUGAAAAGGCUGACAAAGAACGGCAGGCAAAUUCAUCUGCAUCAUUCCCCCAUUUACAUGGCAUUCCUGUUUUACUCAAGGAUUUAAUUGCAACAAAAGACAAACUUAACACAACAGCAGGAUCAUUCGCCUUGUUGGGAUCAGUGGUGCCUCGUGAUGCUGCAGUGGUGCUGAAACUAAGGCAGGCCGGUGCUGUCAUAUUAGGGAAGGCUAGCUUGAGUGAAUGGGCAAAUUUUCGUUCACUUUCUGCACCUAGUGGUUGGAGUUCGCGGGGUGGUCAAGGGAAAAAUCCUUAUGUUUUAUCAGCAGAUCCUUGUGGUUCAAGUAGUGGAUCAGCCAUAUCUGUAGCUGCAAAUAUGGUAGCAAUAUCACUGGGCACAGAGACUGAUGGUUCGAUCUUAUGUCCAGCCAGCUUCAAUGCUGUAGUGGGCAUCAAACCAACUGUUGGCCUCACUAGCAGAUCGGGGGUCAUUCCAAUCUCUCCUAGACAAGACACAGUCGGGCCUAUCUGCAGAAGUGUAGCAGAUGCAGUUUAUGUUCUUGAGACAAUAGCAGGUUAUGAUUCAAAUGAUGCCAAUGCAACAAAAGUGGCAUCAAAGUACAUUCCAUCCGGUGGAUAUACUCAAUUCUUGAGGAUCAAUGGCCUUGUUGGAAAAAGAUUGGGGAUAGUUAGAAAUCCAUUUUUCAGCUUUAUUAAUGAUUCUGAGGUAUCACUACAUUUUGAACAGCAUUUUAAGACACUCAGGCAAAGAGGCGCAAUUUUGGUAGAUGAUCUUGAAGUGCCCAACAUCAGUGUUAUCCUAAACUCCACUUUAAGUGGUGAAGCAACAGCCCUGUUAGCUGAAUUCAAGCUAUCUAUAAAUGCGUACUUGGAAGACCUUGUGAUUUCCCCAGUUCGUUCCUUGGCAGAUAUAAUAGCGUUUAACCAGAAUUUCUCUGAUUUGGAAAUGCUAGAUGAACUCGGGCAAGUAAUAUUUUUGGCUGCAGAAGCCACAAACGGUAUAGGCAUGGACGAGACAAAAGCUAUACUGAGUUUAGAAAAACUGAGUAGAGAUGGACUGGAAAAGCUAAUGCGAGACCAUAAGCUUGAUGCAGUAGUGACUCCUAGUCCAUUUUGUGCUCCGGUUCUUGCAAUCGGAGGGUAUCCAGGAAUCACUGUCCCUGCUGCAUAUGAUAGUAAUGGGGUUCCCCGGGGCAUAUGUUUUGGUGGCUUGAAAGGCUCAGAGCCUAAACUGAUAGAAAUCGCCUAUGGGUUUGAGCAAGCAACCAAGAUUCGAAAGCCUCCUACAUUUCUACUUUAAAUAUCAUGUUCUGGCAUAUCGGAAUCUUCACUUCAGUAAGAUUAAUGUAGACACUGUCAGCUGAAAACCGCAAACUCUCUCUUCAAGGUGCACUAGUUGCAAGCUAUCCAAAUUUGCACUCUGUAUUCUACAGACUUGAGACAAUCUAUGUCUUUCAUUUGUACUACGACGAUUUAUUCUUCUA